CGUGUGUGUCGCUGAGCAGCACGGAGCGAAAGAGAUGGACAAGUGUGUGUAAGCGGAGUGUGUGAAUGCGAAGCACCGGCGAUCCUGAGCCUGAAGGGGUAGCCGUGUGAUGAGAGAGGGGUGUGGGGUGGGGGCUGUUCUGCCUGCGAACACAUUUGCCAGGACAGCGUUACAUGCAGGCGAGUGUAUGUAUGUGUGUGAGGGGGAGAAGUGAGUGAGGGUAUGCCAGCGUAGGUGUAGCGGUGUCGUCGAUCAGCAACGGGCUCUUCGCAUUAUGCAGCUGACGGUACUGAACACACUUUGAGGACUGACUCAUCCAGACCAGGCUGAGAAGACGAAUGGAUGAACAGACAGGGAGACAUUUUUUAGCUCAAACAAUGCUCCAGGUCCUCCAAGAUCGUUCUAAGGUCUAGUCCUUUUCAGGGAUUUCUGGUAGCCCCCCUUGUUUCCUUCCAAAUUGGAAUUGCAGACAGACAUCCAAAAUUUCCAAAUCCUCCUGAAAGGAACAUAAAUCCUCAAUCAUUGUCUGACUCAAACACUUAAUAUUUGCUCCAAGGAUAGGACAAGAGGAUCUCCUGUCUUUCCAUAGUCUUGAGGACGGUUACAGGAUCCUUUCCCAGUGCCGAGAGUGGGAGAUAAGAAGGCUGGCAGACAAGACGGGACAGACACAGGCAUGGCUCGCCUCAACUGGUGCCUGGCUGCAGUCAUUAGCUGGGGCAAGUUCCUCUUUGCCUGUUUCUUUCCUCUGCGAGGAGCCAAGCGAAACAAGCCCGACGAGCUGGAGGGCGUCCACACACACACCUUCAAGCUGAAGCCGUUCAAGAAGGCAAAGAGUUGUGAUAUAUGCAAGCAGGCCAUCACUAAAGAGGGUCUCAUCUGUAAAGCAUGCCGCCUGUCCUGCCAUAAAAAAUGCGAAGUGAAGGUCACCACAUCAUGUCAGACGGCGACCAGCUGUGAGCCGCCUCCCACUCCACAGCUGCCGCUAAAGCAUGUAGAUACACCGGGAUCGACGAGGUCCUGCAAAAGUGUGGAGAUUCGGAGAAAGCAGUCAGGCGUGCUUCAGGCCAUGGAGGAGAGCUAUGAGGUGGACCUGGUCUACAUCACCGAGAGGAUCAUCUCCCUCUCCUUCCCCGCCGCGGCCGAUGAGCGCAGCUACGCCAACAACCUCAAAGAGGUGGCCACCAUGCUGCGGUCCAAGCACGGCGAACACUACCUGGUGCUCAAUCUGGGCGAGCAGCGGAACGACUUAACCAAGCUAAACCACAAGGUUCUGGAGUUCGGCUGGCCGGAUCAUCACGCUCCGGCGCUGGACAAGAUCUGCAGCAUGUGCAAAGCCAUGGACACGUGGCUGAGCGGAGACCAGCGCAACGUCGUGCUGCUGCACAACAAGGGGAAUCGAGGUCGAACAGGCGUAGUGGUGGCUGCGUAUAUGCACUACAGCAACAUAUCUGCAAGUGCUGACCAGGCCCUCGACAGGUUUGCCAUGAGGCGAUUCUACGAGGACAAAGCUCUUCCUGUCGGUCAGCCGUCACAGAGGAGGUAUGUGCAGUACUUCAACGGCCUCCUGUCCGGAGACAUCAAGAUCAACAACAAGCCACUCUUCCUGCAUCAUGUCAUCAUGCACGGCAUACCCAACUUUGAAUCCAAAGGCGGAUGCCGGCCGUUCCUGAAGAUCUACCAGGCGAUGCAGCCGGUCUACACAUCCGGAAUCUACAAUGUGCAGGGAGACAGCAACACCAGUAUCUGCAUCACUAUAGAACCUGGGCUGCUUCUGAAAGGAGACAUCCUGCUGAAAUGUUACCAUAAGAGAUACAGGAACCCGACCAGAGACGUGGUGUUCAGGGUCCAGUUCCACACCUGUGCCAUCCACGACCUUGGGGUCGUUUUUGGGAAGUCGGAGCUUGAUGAGACCUUCAAAGAUGGAAGGUUUCCAGAGUACGGGAAGGUGGAGUUUGUUUUCUCCUACGGACCAGAAAAAAUCAGAGGUCUGGACCACUUGGAGAACGGGCCAAGUGUUUCUGUGGACUACAACACCCAGGACCCCCUGAUCCGCUGGGACUCAUACGAGAGCUUCAGCCAUCCCAGUGAGGACGCAGUGGACACAGAGAACGACGUUGGUCAUACUCAAGGUCCACUUGAUGGAAGUCUUUAUGCCCGGGUCCGAAAGAAAGACUCCCUGGAGGGAGUUGUUACCAUUAAUGGCCUUCCAGUCCUUGAAAACUCCUUGACGAAUACAGAGGGCUCAUUGCAGCAAUCUAACCAUCACCUCCAAAAGACUGAGCAGUCCCUUCCAGUGGCAGGCCACACCUCCCUUCCUGCUGUAGAUCAUACCCUUUCUGUGAGCAGUGACUCAGGAAACUCUACCGCAUCAAUCAAGACUGAUCGAACUGAUGAGCACAGCCAUUCCCUGCACACAGCUGCAGGACACAACAACUCAACAACAGCCCACCCAACACUUAGCCCCCAGGAGAAACGAGAACUAGACCAGCUUCUUAGUGGCCUUGAGCCACCGACUCAGCGCCAGGCUUACUUGUCCACAUCUACCAGUCCAGGGGGAGGGGUUCGACACCUGGUUCCAGCGCAGGUGCAUGUCAACGGGGGCCAUACCAGGAUUCUUAGGGAACCCUCAAAAGAGGAGCGUGAAACUGAUAUCCUUGACGACGAGCUUCCUAAUAGUCAAGAGGGCAACAGCGUUGAUAGCUUGGGUACACUCUCAUCUUUAGAGGGUCAGGCAACACCAGCGAGCCUCUACUACCAAUCACAGACACCUGUUGGUGACCAGAACGACGGGCCAUACCUUGAGCGAAACGUUCUUGGGGAAAAGCUGAACGAAAUGCCUGUACAUGGAGUGCGAACUCCUACAGCAAUGCAGGAGAGGUCCGUAGAUUCACCAUCAUCGCAGGUGGGGUACAACAACUACCAAAAUGGAGGAGGAAUGUACCGUUCACAGUCCAUUGGGAUUCAGCCACCCAGUAGCCCUGAAACCAACCCUAAAAUGAUGCCCAAGGCCCCUGAGAGGAGUACCAGUAGUCGAGAGGCAGUUCAAAGAGGUCUUAACCAUUGGCACCAGCAUAGUCUUCCAGAUGAUCCCUUUGGGCCUCCUCCUCAGUCAACCCACAGCCUCCCUCAUUUCCCAACCUCUGCCUCACAGCGAGACAUUGAACAGUCCAUAGAGGCACUAAAUAUGCUAAUGCUUGAUCUAGAUCCAAUCAACUCACACAUGUCUAAGUCCCACAGUGCACCACCUGGAGAUAACACCCUCAGUUCAUACCAAAUACCAUUCUCCCAGACCCUGGCUAGGCCAUCCUACCAAGGGGAUUCUGCCAUCCACGGCUACAACAACUUGGGGUCAAUGAACAGCACCUCUCAUCAGCGGCAAACUGGGAGGGUCCCAGCAGUGCCAAACCAGAGUCCCGUCACGGAGUCUCCAACAUAUUCACCCCAAAGGUCCAACACUGGUUACCCAUACCAGAACACCACCCCAACACACACCCCUGAGCCCUACCUCCACACACGCCAGGCAACCCAUCAAUAUCCCAUUGAUACUUCUGCUAAUCUCAACCAGCAGUCUCCCCAGAAACUAAUAAACUCAGCAAGCAGAGUUUCACACUCCCCAGACCUACAGGGGCCAUCGCCUUACCCAGGAUACAGCACCUCUUCUUCUCCUCUUCCUACCCUCACACCCCAACCCAAGGAAAUGUCUUCUUCUCCCUUGCCAAGAGAGCAAGAUGCAGAGGAGGAGAAUCUGAACUUGGAAGGCCUGGUUGCUCACCGUAUCGCUGAGUACAACGCUCGUAUUCGGGGCAUCAGUGAAAGCAUGACAUCCCAACAAUCUGACCGCCAUCGCUCCUAUUCCUUCUCUGGAGUUCGUUCCAGAGGAAUGACCCCAGAGGGGACGCAGGAGACAGGCAGGCGCCGGACUACGAGCGAGGGACACUACCAGUGCGGUCAUGAUAACGUCUCGGCGUCUCAUUCGCCAGACUUCGCCAACAACCUGGCUCUGAAUCCAGGUGGAAGACCCAGAGAGGGUCUUGUGCACAGUUACCGGGAAGCAUUUGAGGCUGAUGAGGUUGGUCGCCAUGGCAACAGUUCCUCUUUUGAAAGCAGUGCUCGAUCUACUCCAGGUUUGACGAAGACGCCUCUGUCUGCUCUGGGACUGAAACCUCAUCAACAAGGUGGAUCAGACUCUGAUUGUAAUAAUGCACAGCAAGAUAAUCGCAGCACUGGGGACCCGAGACCACAACCAUUCACAGUUCCUCUGUCCUUCAGCAGUCCUGUCCACAACACUGACGGAAGGAGGACUGGUUCUUCAGACAGCGCCCCCCACAGUCCCGCCUCCCCAUACGCCAACAGACCCGCGUCCCCUGAGGGCUCGCAGGUCAACAUCAUGGGUGUCCACAUGGUCCCCGGCAGCCCGAACACCCUCCACCGCACAGUGGCCACCAACACGCCUCCCAGCCCUGCCCUUCAAAGACGCCUAGGUCAAGCCAGCCCCUCCUUGACCAGACACCAGCCCCCAUCCAGCCCUCUGAUAGGUCGAAACGCUAAAACCGCAACCGCCGCCGUCCCCGCGAGUCCACUGAUGGGGCGGCGCGCGGCGUCGAGCGGCCGCAGCACACCCGAUGAGCUGGGGGCUGCCUCUCGUCAAGGGAGCGCCCAGCCGUCUCCCACCCCCGCCUUCCCCGUCUCCCCACAGCUCCCAGAGAAGAGACACAUGUCCAGCGGAGACGCAGAGAGGACAGACAACAGGAACCUGACGCCGGCCAGCGGUGGCAGCACGCCAAACCUUUCCGGCACACAGACCCUCCCAGACGUCUCCAAGUCCAUCUAUGAUGGUUAUCCAGACAUUAAGAUGAAUGUUAAGUUUGUCCAGGACACUUCUAGGUUCUGGUACAAGCCAGAUAUCUCCAGAGAACAAGCCAUUAGUCUGUUAAAGGACAGGGAGCCGGGGGCAUUCAUCAUUCGGGACAGCCACUCUUUCCGUGGAGCCUACGGUCUGGCCAUGAAGGUGGCCUGCCCCCCACCAACUGUCCAGCAAAGCAAAAAAGCUGCCGACAUGACCAACGAGCUGGUGAGGCACUUCCUGAUUGAGACCAGCCCCAAAGGCGUUCGCCUGAAAGGUUGCCCCAAUGAACCCUAUUUUGGAUGUCUCUCUGCUCUGGUGUACCAACAUGCAAUGACUCCUCUGGCUCUACCCUGCAAGCUGAUGAUCCCCACCAAAGAUCCAAAUGAAGAGGCGCUGGAACUUGCUACACCUACUGAUCCAGCAGUUGAGCUUCUCAAACAGGGAGCUGUUCAGAAGGUUCCUGAGGAAGCCCAUGCAUGUAAUGUUCUCUUCAUCAACUCCGUGGACAUGGAGUCACUCACGGGGCCUCAGGCCAUUGCCAAGGCCAUUAGUCAGACACUGACAACCAACCCACUCCCAGCGGCCACCACUGUCCACUUCAAGGUGUCCAUGCAGGGCAUCACCCUCACUGACAGCCAGAGAAAAAUUUUCUUCCGGCGACAUUAUCCUCUCACUACAGUUACAUACUGUGAUUUGGACCCCCAAGACAGAAAAUGGGUAAAAGAAGGAGGUGGAUCAGUAAAACUUUUUGGGUUCGUUGCAAGGAAACAAGGAAGCACAACGGACAAUGUCAGCCACCUGUUUGCUGAGCUGGACCCAGAUCAGCCCGCCUCGGCCAUCGUCAGCUUUGUCUCCAAGACUCUGAAGCGGUGAAACCCUGAAACUUCAAACGGCAGUGGCCGGGUUGCAAUCUGCCAUCAUCGUUGGCGUCUUUUUUAAAAGGACUCAACGUUGUCCUUUUUUUUUUUUUUUUGGGUUUGUUUUCUUUGUUCUCGCCUUCUCUUUUUCCCCUCUCUGCCUUGCUGGUGUGUCUUUCUCGAGAGCCGCCUCCACCCGGAGGCGUCGGCACAGAGCGGAGCCGGCGGACGUGUGGAGUGGAGCUGAGCACGCGACAGGAACGCGACAUUGUAACGUUGAGUGACGAGGACAUGUAAGAACUUGUGGAUUUUUUUUUUUUUUUUUUACGUUCGUUUUUAUUGAUUUACCAAAGGUAGUUGCAAUACAAGUGCAAGAAUGAUGUAGCUAGUAAGCCAUUAAUAUUUUUUCUCUUUUUAAAAGAUGAAGUGAAACAAAAGAAAAACAAAGACAAGAUGAAAGAAAUGCGGUUUCUCUUGAACUUUGAUUCUUCAGGAAAAAAAAAAAAAAAAGGUGGAAGACGUUAUGCAUGUUAGCUUGAUCUUUAAGCUCGGUUCUUCUACUUUCCACAAAAAAGUAAAUGUGAACUACUUAGAGGUCAUUUUAUGGGUCUGCUGUGUGUUGGAAAGGGCUUUGCAGUGAAACAACUGAUCUAAACUGUGCAUAGCAGACCUCAUCUACUAAAAAAAAAACAAAAAAAACCUUUAGGGUCAUUUUGUGUCGGUGCAACCACGCUCGCAUUCUUUCAGCAUCCAAUCCUUUAAAAAAAAAAAAGUAAAAAAAUUUUUUUGGGAUAAACUCCAGCCUGAAAUCAACAAGCCGCCUAAAGAUGUGCAGACAGUCUGUCCACAAGAUGGCGCCACUUACCCUUCCUUACAGACUUCUCCCAUCAGCACCUGCUCUGCAGUAACUGUUGUGUUUGUAAGACGCUGCCACAGAAAACACACUGGAAGCCACCGGGAACCGGCCCAAUGACCUGGACCUAUGCACUGUUGUUUAUGCAUGUUUUUGUCCCGAAAUGCACCUCCGUCAUAGCUCCGUUUACCAUCACUAAGAACAUUCUUUGCCAUGUGUGUACAAUUGAAAAAAAAAGAAAAAAGAAGAAGAUAAAGAAAUAUCUACAUUUAGACAAGAGUUACUUACGCUUGUCAAAAACUGCAUGAAAUAGACAUUUUUUUUAGUCUUUUCAGAGUUCUGGAAAUUUGACAGAUUAUUGAAGUAGCUAUUAUGAUGGCAAGUUUAUAUAUUUAUUUUUUAUUAAAUUUUUUUUGUUGUUGUCCUGUUCUUUUCCAUUUGUGUCAAAACUCCGGUUAUUUAUUUCCUGUUGUUAUUGGUCCAUUUAAGCCCGAAGUUCUGAUUUUUGUUUUCUUUCACACAGUCCUCCCAUGUUUGAACUAUUCAGGACCUUUUGAGACAAAGGGAGAGGAAAAUGCUUUUAAAAUGUACACAUUUUUGUCUGCUGAGAACAGAACGAGGCUGAACUACAUGAACCCAGUACAGUUUUGGGUUUCUCUUUUUAAUUCGCACUGCAAAAUUUGACAUUUUAGUACUUUAUAGAACAAAAGAAACCAAAAAAAAAACCUAAAUGAAAUGAUUCAUUUUCUGUUCUUUCUUUGUAGUUACGUCUUACUGAUUAUCAGGGAAUUCGACUUUUUCUCCUUUCAUAAAUAUUAAUUUCAUGUUUCACAUUUGAAGCAAAAAGGAUGCUGACAAAAAGUUCAGCAAAUAUUCUGAUUUUCUUUUUUUUUUUUUUUCCCCAGGAGAGUUUUGGGUGUUUCAAAAAGUCUGACCCUCACACUUUUUUUUUUGGGAUGAAAAUUAAAAGAAAAACUACACACAGCCUGCAUGUUGAGCAUAUGCUUAGACUUUCACAGUGCAGUAUUCAUAUGAUAACAUUUUAAGAAUUUUUUUUUUUUUGCAGAUCACUUCAUGCAGAUUUUGUUUCCUUUUAGGUAAAGAAGUAAAAACGCACAAUGUGCUUUAGUUCACGGGUUUUCUGAAUGCGAUAAAAUGACAUACAAAUUGCUUUUUUUUACCCUCCUUGCAUCAAUAAUCGAAAAUAUUUCCUAAUAAGAACCAGAGAGAGUUAGGGUUUAGUUUUCCGUCAUGUUGUUCCAUUACCAUGUAGGGAGAAAGGUGAAAAAAAAAAGUAUUUUGCACGUUUAUUGAGAACUUGCUCCACCAUUCACAAAAAUGGUUUGAAACAAACAAACACACAUUUUAGGAAAUAAGAAAAAACAGUGUUGAAGUCAUUCUAAUUUCUCAGAUUUGAGAAAUUACUCAAACGUUUUUUGUGGGGGGUUUUUUUUUUAAAUGUUUUUUUUUUGUUGUUGUUGUUGGUGGUUCAUCUUAGCCUCAAGCCGUUCCCAGUGACAACCACAGUUCAGGUUCAGUUGUCCCAUCAGCAGAACGCGGAACAGGCUCGCUUGUUUUCGGUACAGAACCCAAAUUUGUGUUCGUUGCAAAAAAAAAAAAAAACCUGGAAGGUUUUAACGGCAGAGUGGAUUUUGGCUCUUUUCAUUUGUUUCACUGUGUGACACGAAGAUUUCCUUUUUCAACAAAAGACAGAAAAAAAUACCGAAUACAUGCUUAAUCAUUAAUAACGUAAAAAAAAGUGUCUUUUUUUUUCUUUUUGUGUUUUUGAGUCAAAAUAGUUCUUCAUUAGAACUUGUUCUGUUUUUGCUGUGUAACUUUACGGUGUUUCAGUCAUUUCAUUUCGGCACUUUUUUAGGACAAAGAGAGAAAAAACUUACAAAAUAUCAAGAUUACUUUUCAUAAAGAAACACAUUUUAUUUAAUGUUUUUGUUUGAAACUAUUUUUCUUUUCUUUUUUUUUUUUAAACGUUAGAGCAAAAAGAAUUGUUAAAAACUAGCUUAGCGCCUGCUCGUUGAACACACAUCAACUCAGUUGUCAUUGGUUUGAGCCAGAUUUACUUUUGGUAAGAACCGUAUAGUUCAAAGUGAGUUUUUUUUUUCACUUUUAAAUGUUGUCAGAUUUCAUGUUUAGCGACCUUCUGGAACGACAGAGGGGGGAAAAAAACACAACACACUGUGCGCAAUACCUGCUUGCUGACCACAUGCAUUCACAAUAAGCUAAUAAAAAAAUUGAUACUGGUAUAAAUGUACAUAGAUAUACUUCUUUGAAAGGUGACAUAGAGAAAAAGUAUUUAUUUUUAUUGCUUUGUUCCCUCAUGAUUACUAAUAUAUACAUACUGUAUAUUGUACAGUCUCGAUAAAGACAAAAUGGGUUGGGAAAAAAAUAAAACUUAUUUUGGCUAAUGAUUUCAAAGUCUGAGGAUUUUGAGAUGUGUUUGAAUAUAUGGUGUACAUUACUUUGUACGUUUCUUUUUUCGGCUCAUUGUAUUUUUGUUUCUUUUCCGUUUUGCUUUCUCUCAGAAAAGAGGCGGGGCAUGAAUGAGCUAGAGUUGCAUGGACAGAAACCGGCGAGCGUUUUCUCGCGUGCAGAUGCAUCGUAGAGUUUAGAUAUUUGUUGUUUUUUUCCAAGAAAAAAAAAAAAAAAAAGGAAGUUCAGAAGCCAAACCUUAAUGCAAUAUGCGCUCACGCUGGUUCCAUUUAUCGUUUUGCCAAAGAUUCUGUCGCUUUGCGUCUUUUCGUGCCGCUUUUUUUUCUUUAUACCAAAUCGCUUUUCUGUUUCCAAUUUCUUCAAUUCAGUUUUCUCACCAGGAGAGGACACACACAAAAUGUUAUGGGAUGUACAGUUUACUCACUCUGCCACAAAUAUGUUUCUGUUGUUUUCAUUCGUUUGUACGGAGGUCUCAGCGCUCCAAAAGUGUGUCUGCCUCCAUCACCUGUUGAGGAAAAAGCAAGCCUGCUGUGCAUCGGAGGAGCACAAACAAAGCACUUGUGUCCACAAUAGAGAGGAGUGACAUACAUUUCGUGUGGGUGUCAGUGCUGGAGGUAAAUACAGUUCGACGUGUCAUGGCGAUGCUGAAAGCUCCACAGCUGCAGCUUUGUCCGACUGCCAAAGGUCUCUUUCGAGAGUCAGCGGAUUAUUUAUUCUUAUUUAUUCUUUUAGUUCACAUUUGUGUCACUUUCUUUUUUUAUUUUUUUUGAAGCGUUAGCGAUGUUCGGAAUGUACAAUGGCGCUUUAUUGAAAGCGAGCAGGGGGUGACGCUGGGCUUGAUUUGAGAACUAACGAGCUUCUUCCCGUCUGUAGCCAUUUUUGGAAAGGAAGAAGAAGAAGAAAAAAAAAUGCCAUAAUUAAAUGUUGCCUAAAUGAAUAUUUAUAUUGAAUUGCAUCGUAUCUGUUGGCUUUGAGUCAAGAGUUACCAUAUGUAAUUAAAAAAAAAAAAAAAAGAUUGUUUGACUUCUUGUACAGAUGGCAUUUGUCUGUUGUAUGAAUGUGUUGCAGAGGAUGUACAAAAGAGUCUCAGAUUUUGUUGCUCUUGUCAUUUACAUUAUACUGUCAUGGCUAAGCUGUUCCUAAGGAGAAAAAAAAACAUUAAAGCAAUACAGAUCAGUUACA